UCAUCCAUGCUCCUUUACCAAGUCCUGUUGACAAGGUUGCUGCUAACACUCCCAGUAUGUACUCUCAGGAACUGUUUCAGCUUUCUCAGUAUCUACAGGAGGCCUUACAUCGGGAACAAAUGUUGGAACAGAAGUUGGCUACCCUUCAGCGACUGCUUGCUGUCACACAGGAGGCUUCAGAUACUAGUUGGCAGGCUUUAAUAGAUGAAGACAGACUACUAUCAAGGUUAGAAGUCAUGGGAAACCAAUUACAAGCCUGUUCAAAAAAUCAAACAGAAGAUAGUAUACGAAAGGAACUUGUAGCAUUACAGGAAGACAAACACAACUAUGAGACAACAGCCAAAGAGUCCCUGAGGCGGGUCCUUCAGGAGAAAAUUGAGGUGGUCAGAAAACUCUCUGAAGUGGAGCGAAGUUUAAGUAACACUGAAGAUGAAUGUACUCACCUGAAAGAAAUGAAUGAGCGGACUCAGGAAGAAUUAAGAGAAUUAGCAAACAAGUACAAUGGAGCUGUAAAUGAAAUUAAAGACCUCUCUGACAAACUAAAGGUGGCAGAAGGAAGACAAGAGGAAAUCCAACAGAAGGGACAGGCAGAAAAAAAGGAAUUGCAACAUAAAAUAAAUGAAAUGGAAGAGCGAGAACAAGAGCUUCAGGCAAAAAUAGAAGCUUUACAAGCAGAUAAUGAUUUCACCAAUGAACGGCUAACUGCUUUACAAGGCAUACAAGUUGAUGACUUCAUACCUAAAAUUAAUGGGAGCGCAGAAAAAGAGCACUUUCUUUCAAAGAGUGGAGGGGACUGCACUUUUAUUCAUCAGUUCAUAGAGUGCCAGAACAAGUUCAUAGACGAAGGACAUCUAACCAAAGUGGAAGAAACAAAGCUUUUGAGAGAAAACCAAGCAAGAGCAAAAGAAUCUGAUUUGUCAGAUACUCUUAGUCCAAGCAAGGAGAAAAGCAGUGACGACACUACAGAUGCCCAAAUGGAUGAACAAGAGCUAAAUGAACCUAUUGCUAAAGUAUCUCUUUUAAAAGAUGAAUUGCAGGGUGCACAAUCAGAAACAGAGACUAAACAAGAAAUUCAGCAGCUGCACAAGGAACUGAUUGAAGCCCAAGAGCUAGCUAGAACAAGUAAACAAAAAUGCUUUGAACUUCAAGCACUACUGGAAGAAGAGAGAAAAGCAUACCGGCUGCAGGUUGAGGAGUCCACCAAGCAAAUACAGUUUCUGCAAGCCCAGCUGCAUAGGUUGCAGGAAGAUAUUGAGAAUCUUCGUGAGGAAAAGGAGAAUGAAAUUUCAAGCACUCGAGAUGAAUUGCUAAGUGCUCAAGAUGAGAUUCUGCUACUUCAACAAGGGGCAGAAAAAGCUGCAUCAGAACGAGACACUGAUAUUGCUGCUUUGCAAGAAGAGCUGCAGGAGGUGCGGGCUGAACUUGAACGCUGGCGGAAAGAAGCCUCAGAAUACGAAAAAGAAAUUGGCAAUCUUCAAGCCAGUUUCCAGCUGCGAUGUCAGCAGUGUGAGGAUCAGCAGAGAGAGGAAGCUACUCGUUUACAAGGUGAACUUGAAAAGUUGAGAAAGGAGUGGAGUGAUCUAGAAGCUGAAUGCCUCUCCUUAAAGAAUGAGAAUACUUUGCUUGCAUCUGAACUUCAGCGACAAGAGAAGGAGCUUCAUAGCUCUCAGAAACAGAGUUUAGCGCUAACCAGUGAUCUAAGUGUUCUUGAAAUGACCCGAAAGCAACUUGAAAAUCAAGUGGGAUCUUUGAAGGAACAACAUCAACGCGAUGCAGCUAGUCUAAAAACUCUACUCAGUGAAGCUGAGAAUCAAGCAAAGGAUAUUCAGAAAGAGUAUGAAAAGACACAGACUGUACUUUCAGAGCUGAAGUUGAAGUUUGAGAUGACUGAGCAGGAAAAGCAAUCAAUCACAGAUGAGCUCAAACAAUGUAAAGACAACCUGAAGCUGCUACAAGAAAAAGGAAACAAUAGACAAUGGCCUUGGAUGCCUCUGAUGGCAGCUUUGGUUGCUGUAACAGCUGUGGUGCUGUACCCAGGCCUAACCAGAGCUUCUCCAUGAGAACUGUUGUUGAAUCCAUUCACCGUCCUCCCUUUAGAAGCUGGCAUCAUUCACAUACUGGGGAAAACCAGAUUAAUUCUCUUCCUUUUUACCUCUUACAACAAAGCUCUGCGCGAGAACAGUAGUAGGGUCAUUGCUUUAAACUGUAUAAAAUGUAUCUGUCUAUAAAGAGGGAAUAAAAUUAUGACUUCAUUCUACUGUGAGCAAUAUUUUUGCUUACAAUUUCAUGUAAUUUUUAAAUUAGUAUGUUGGGAUUCUAAAUACUUUUAUGGUGGCCUAAAGUAGGCUUCUUGGUACCAAAUUAUUUAUAAUGGGUAGGUUUGUGGAUAUUUUACUUUAGAAUCUGAUUGCCAGAUUUAAAAGAAAAACACAUUUCUGAUUUGGAUACCCAUGCCAAAUAACCUUACAGAUACUUGGAAACAGAGGCAGUAUGCUCAGUGCCUUUCAGUUUGAAAUAUUUUUUUACAUUAAUGUACCAUUUUUACUUGCUGCAAGUCACUGAGCUAGUGGGAACAAGACUUAAAAUAACUUCUCUUUCCAGGCCUUUUGAAGGAAACAAAUAUUUUGCUUCAGUAAAGAUUCUGUUUUAUUAAUAAUUUUGGGAAUAAAUACAAUUCAUUUCCAGCCUUAAAGAGAGAGAGAAGACAUUGGAUGGCAAACACCUGCCUAGGAUAUUUUGUGUGCGCGUGUGGGAAUGUGUGCUUGUGUGUGUUCUUGAGUGAACUAAGGUAUUUCUGGGAGCAAAAUCUUGGUCAUUUGAUGGACAUAGUGCAGUGAUCCAAUUUAUAUUACCUUUAUUUCGAAUGUAAUUUAUUAAAUUUCAUAUAUUUAAAGAGACACAUUCUUUAAAAUCUGAAUAUUUUCGCACAUAUCACAUUUUAGCAACUUAUUUUUUCAGUCAUUUAAUACUUUCAAAACUGAACUGGAGAAAUAUUUGUCUAUUUAGGUAAGUUUUUAUUGAAAACUUCAAUAUGGGAGGUGCUACAAUGCAUCUAUGGGUAAAUGAAAAAAUCCAAGAUAGGCAAGCUCUUGCCAAGUUAGUCAUCUAACUGGUCAUGUAUGCAUCAAGUUAAUAAGCUGAGAGUGUUUACUUUUGGUAAUUAGAAACUUUUGCAUCAACAUUACAUGACACAAUAUGCAUAAUAUACCUUCAUACAUUAUUGACUUUUUGAUUGGGUAACCACUGUAGUUAAACAAUGAAUUAAGUGUUGGCUAUAGUUGUCUUGUGCAACUCAACAGUUCAGUUAAAAAAGUUUUAUUAAGGUCCUAUAUAAUAUACUAAAGGAUUGCAAAGUAAAAUGAAUUCAUCUAAUGGAAAUUUAAGAAUAGGAAGAUAAUCUCAGCGAAGAUUUAAUUGGCUUUAAAAUAUUUAAUGGCAAUCAACAGAUAUAGUUGAAUAUUUAAAUAGAAGUUUAGCAUAUAAUUUGCCUUGUGAGGUUCUGAGGGUCAUUGUCCUUUAAUUAAAGGUUCUAUCUUAAAAUACUUGGGAUUUGCUAAUGGGAGGAUUAUUAGAUUUAUGGAAGAAUAAAUCCACAAGUGACUUUUAGACUAUAAUAUUGGGUCACCUAGUUAACAUUUCAUCUUUUUCAGUUGCAGGAAGCCACCCAAUCACAAAACACUCAUAUGCCAGUGGUACUCGGUACCUCUUGUAUAUAGAUUAUUGCAAAUAUUGUUCUGAAAUGCUUUACUUCAGAAUUACAUUUUUUAAAGUAAAUAAUUGUUUUAAAUCUAUUUUGUAAAGGUAUAAUAAGUACAAUAGAAUUUCUCGAGUACAGAUUAAACUAUUUGCACUAACACACGUGAUGUGCAUGAUUUAAUAAAAUAACUUUACUCUACGUAUGCAUGUUUGAGUUGAAUCUCAUUUGAAAACCGCACAUCUGUGUUAAAUUCAUUGUGUGCUAGGUAUUACUACAAUGUUUGCAGCAUGUUUGAUAAUUGAAAAGGUUUUACUUUUCAUUUCACAUUCACAUUGGUUUAAAUUUAAAUUUAAAUCUCUCUCCUGUCCAGGUCUAGUUUGAAGCAGAAAGGGAAUGGGAGCACAAUGGGUUGGGGUUUGGUUCUGUGGAAAAAUCUGGAAGAGAGAUUUUUUGUGUGUGUUGGAGCUUGGAGGGUGCCUAUAAUAGGGGUGGAAAGCUAGGGGAAAGGUGGGAGGGUGGUUAUGGAUAGUGCAGAGAGCCUGGGGCAGCUGUGAAAGGAGUUGAUGAGGGUAGUGCAGGAGCUUGAGGCAGUCUCCCUCCUUCUCCCACUAGCUUCUCUAGUUCUGCCCCGUCCCUUUUUAACCAUUUUUUCUUCCCCACUGUGCUCCAUUCACUUUCCUACCAUGACUGCCUCCUCCCUAGCCUCUAUGCAGACCUGGUGUCCUCUGAAGGAGAAGAGAGGCAGAGAGGCCACAUGAAACCUGAGGAUAUAGUAGCUCCUGGUGGCCAGAUGGCGGAACUGCAAGCAAUCCUUUCCACCUUGCAGCCCAGCUAGAUUUAGCAUGAUGGGGCGCCAAACUUGAGUAUCCUCUGAGAUGCCUGAUCAUUGGCAGCCCUCAUUAUUUUCACAGCACUAUUUUCUUUACACAAAUACAAAAAUUGUGUGAGUUUUCAGUAGUCUUCAAAACAUGAAACAGCUGACAAUGUUAAUCUAGCAUGUCGAUUUAAAAUGAGAAAAAAGUCCCUAACUUGGUGCAUGUAUGCAUAUUUAUAUUCACUUUAUAUACACAGACACUCAUAAUGUGUAUACUUUGCAUGGAUAUAUGUGUUCAGUAUAUGCAUCUGUGUCCAGAUAUACAAUACAGUAUUUCCCAUAGUACAGUGCUCUUCCUGGGAACUGUUAACUUAUGCAUGUUCAAAAGAUGAUCAAAAAUAAAUUAAGAUGCAUAGUUCACUCUCCUUUUAGGGAAUACCUGGAAGAGGAUUGGUUAGUGUCUAGGAAUGUUCUGAUCUCCAGGGUUUUUACAAUAAAAGAGAAAGUGGAUAAAAAACUUUUCCAAACACAGCCACCCGACUGAGCACAAACCUGCCUUCCCAGCUGACUGUUACUACAUAUGUUUACAGAAUUAUCUAUAUUACAUGCACAUUUACAACCCUUUUUUGAAUUAUGAGGCCUGAGAGUAACUGCUAACUAGCUCUGGGGAUUAUUACAACAAAAGAUUGGGGAUUUUUUUUUUU